AUGGAAAGAGAAGACUCCAAGAUCUCCCUUUCCACAGCCUCUGAUCCAGACUUGCCUCAUCUUAACAGCUCGCAGCACGUGCACAUGACCAAGAUUGCAGAGAAGCCGGUAACGAAACGUCAAGCCACCGCUACUUGUGUGGUGCAAUUCUCCAACCCGCGGCCGUGGGAAAUCCUACGAGAGGGCCGUGGUACAAAGAAGGGAGACGUCUUCAGUGUCGCCCGGAUCGCCGGCAUUAUGGCUGCCAAGAAAACCCCGGAUCUGGUCCCCCUCUGUCACCCAGGGAUUGGCAUCACUGGCGUCGAGGUGGACGUGAAGCUACUGGACCCUGAUGCUGCGGCAGCGCGUGCAUCGGACGGCUCAAUGGGUCAUGGGGCAAUGCACGUCACGGCUACCGUGAGCUGCCUGGGACGAACGGGGGUCGAGAUGGAAGCGAUGACUGCUACGAUGGGAGCUGCCCUGACAGUGUACGAUAUGCUAAAAGCGGUGGAUAAGGGCAUGGUGAUCGGUGGCGUAAAGUUAUUGGAGAAGAAGGGGGGUAAAAGUGGGCAUUGGGUUCGCCACGAAGUGGUCCAAGACACUGGAGAAACUGAAUGA